CAGGCAAGAAAUGGUUCCGACCGGAUAUGUGUAAAGAUUUAUACAACGUACCAUCGCCUCGCUUGACAUCCACGUUUUCUGAGGUGUGGACGCAUUGAACUAAGAGCGCCACCAGGUGAGCAAGAAUGAACCUUGAAAGACCAUUACAAGGUUUUGACCUGGUUGGUCUGCAGGAGCACCUCUGUGGCCUGUGGAACAGGAAAGAGCAGGAGGAGCUGCGGCAGGUGUUAGCAGAAAGCUUCUCUCAGAUGAAGGAACCUCUAGCUGGGCUGCUGGAUGUGCUGGAGAACUGUUUUACCACCCAGAAGAACAAAUCUACCACCCUGCCCCAGUUUAUCCUCGCAGAGUUCACGCGCUGGAAGACAAAUCCCAAGGCCAGUUUAAAAGGUCUUGGGGAUGAAGCGAGGCUGCGUUUACAGCAGCAGGCCUUAGGGCUCCUGAUGGACUCGCAGCCGGGGUAUAUGGAACCCCUGCUGACCAUCUACCAGCUGAGCUCACUGGAGAAACCGCUGUUGAUCGAGCAUGUGUCCUUCCUACACGACUGCUGCUGUUACAAAGAGGCGCUGGUGUUUAGUGUCAAAGUUGAUCUUCAGAAAGAUCUUGACAUGGAAAAGAUGUGUGUGCCUCUCAUUCUCCUGGACAAACUACCUCUAGCAGAGAUGUAUGUACGCGGCCACUCGAACCUUCAGCAUCGGCUGGUCACACUGCUGGAUUCCUGGUGUGAUCCAGACUUUAACAUUCAGACUCUGCUCAGUCAGUACCCACAGCUGGUUCUCUCCAAGCAUCAGACGGAUCAGAUUCAGCCCAAACUCCUCAGCAAACACGUCUUCAGGCUGAUGGAAAAAUUCUGCAUCGACCCUAGUAUGUGCCUGAAUUCGGUCUACAAGAGAAAGCUGGACUCACUGAGAUUUCUUAUGUACAAGACAUUCGGAGAGAAAUCAAUGUCUGAAGACAACUGGAGAGAUCAUGUUCAGGCAAUGGUUGAAGGUCACACAGAGCUGCAGGUUCAGUUGUUGCAGCUGUUGGUUAAACAUUGCAGCCUCCAGACCGCUGCCCAGUGGUCCGCGCAUUACGCCAUACCCAGAAACAGGCUUCCCAUCGGGGUGUGGGACAAGAUUCAAAGCCUCUCCCCCAAGCAGCUAGAAAUUAAUUCUGUGAGCGCCCCAUCUGAGUCCUGGAUGCCCCCUCAUUCUGAUCAGCAAAAAUACUACCAGUUCCCCCUGGCCAGAGAAAACAUCCACUUUGUAAAGACAUUAGAUGAACUUGAGCGGUGCAAAGAGGCGGUCUUAAAGGAUGGCUUUGUGGUGGGAGUGGACAUGGAAUGGAGAGCUUGUUUUGGCACCAUACCCUCUCAGCAUGUGGCUCUGAUCCAGCUGGCCAUGCAGGGACAUGUGUUUCUGUUGGACCUGUGUGCUCAUGACAUCAGUCAGCAUAGUGCCACAGUGGGCUUUAUCAGAGCGCUGCUUUUACACAAGAACAUCCUCAAACUGGGUUAUGGGAUGUGUGGAGACUUGAGAAGUCUGGUCAGCACGUGGCCUGAGCUAAAGGAGGAACCUUUAAAGAUUGAGGGAGUUCUGGAUCUUCUCCACAUCCAUCAGGAGCUUCAGCGCUGUUGGUUGGGCCGCAGAGGGCGUCGCUCAGUGGAGGUGAGUGAGGGUCCGGCAGAGAAGGGUCUGAGUCUGCUGGUGCAGCAGGUGCUGGGAAAACCAUUGAAUAAAAUGGAACAGCUUUCCAACUGGGAACGUCGACCACUCCGGACCAGCCAACUCCGUUAUGCAGCCACUGAUGCAUACUGUCUACUGGACGUCUACCUUACCCUCUCAAAGGACCCGAAAGGCUAUGGAUUACAAGAGGACCUCCGCACCAUCCCCUCCAUCCAAACGUCCAAGAGUCGUAAAGAAAAGAAACCCAAAGACAAGAGCAAUAAAGCUAAGAGAAGAGAGGCUCGGCAAAAGGAGAAUGAGCCUCACUUUGUGGAGGAUGAAGGCUUCAAGGUGAAUUCAGAAUACCAGGGGCCCACCAUUACCCCACAGGAGCUACGGGUGGUCUGCGAUAACAUGCUACAGGGUCUGGGCCGUUACCUGCGCUGUCUGGGGGUGGACGUUAAGAUGCUGGAAAACACAGAUGAUCAUAAAGUAGCAGCAGAGAUGGCCCGUGCCGAUGGUCGUGUCAUCCUCACGGCAGGUCAACCCUAUCAAUCUCUCAGGUCACAGGUUGCAGAGGGCCGCUGUCUGACACUUGACUGCUCAGAAAAAGCACGUGACCAGGCCGUGCGUGUUCUCAGGCACUUCCACGUCUACCUUACCCCUGCGGACAUCUUCAGUCGGUGCCAGGCCUGUAAUUGUAACGAGUACCUGAAGCUGCCUAGAGAGGAUAUGACGCGUAUAAUGAAAGAAAGAGGUCUUCUUCAAGACAUUGUACCCAAACGAGAUGGUUGCAUGCCACAGGCUGAGACACAAGCAGAUUAUAAUAGCUGGAGACCCCCAGAGGGCCCCCAGUUCACCCCUCAUUGCCGCUGGGCCCCACAUACUGCCCUGGACCCCCAGACCCUCAAAUUCCCCAGCGGGGCUGAAGUUCAGUUUGAGACGGUGCCCCCGGGGCUCCUUCCACGGAUUCCAGUUUACUUCAUCUGCACCGGCUGUGGAAAGGUGUUCUGGGAAGGCACCCACUUUGACCGAGUGCUGUCGCAGUUCCAAGAGGUCUUGCAUAUUGAAGACGGGGCCACAAAUGCAUGAGAUCGACUGGGAGAAAUUUCAAGUGUGUAAUGCUCUAAAUGUUGAAGUUCAAUUUUCAGUAAAGAACCUCAGAUUUUGGUUAUUUUUAUGCUUUUUACAAGGUCAUUUUUAUAUGCAAUUCUUCAUUUCUCAGUGGUACACGGGCCAUAAAAUGGCUUCUAUUUAAAUAUUUUAUGCAAACAACCUUGUUCAUUUUCACUAAAAAUCCAAUACAGUUUCAGAAAACUUGUUCAAAUCGAUCUAGUUUAUUUAAUCUCUUCCAGUUGUCUUAAUCCAAAAACGUGUUUGCUGAUAUUGUUUGUUUAGUCUUCAUGUCAUUGAUUUGUAAAUGUCAAAACAACAAAAAAUCUCCUGUUUUCCUUCUUCGUUUUUAAGGACGAUUUGCAAGUUCAUAAAAGGAUGAUCUGCCCCGCAGCUUUUCCAAGUCCAAUAAAACAUUCUCAAACAGAGCAACCUACACCUGUGUCCUUUUAAAAAUAUAAAUAUCAAAGUGUUCAGUGUAACUGUAGCUCUUGGUGUUUGCAUUUGCCGGAGAUAAUCCGGUCCGCUUGCAGUAGGAGCUCUACCUAACUCUGCUCGGGCUGCCCCGACUCUUCUGCAGUUCUGUUAUUCGAUACUAGCUCUUUCUUUGCUGGGAAGAAAAGCUCGCCUCUUUCCCACGCUCCUUGAACACGUGGUACUGGGGCUGAAUUGGACUCAGAAGGCCCUCCCUCUAUUGAGACGUCAUGCUAGCCCUACAGAAGCCCCGGCCCGUGACUCAGGGGCCUCAGCCCGCUCUCUCCCCCCUCGACUCAACUGUCUGGCUCAGGCGCCAAAAACCUUGUGGAGGGGCUGGCUGAUCUGAGAAGAGCUCCCCCUUCAUGGCCCAAUCGAGUAAAAAUGCCUUCACAUCGUGCACAGCUAUGAAACACCAAAUAUUUUUAUCUUUAGCACAUUCUGUAGGUGUGAACAUACCAAAGGGUGUUAGGUCCCAGAGAACGACUUGCAAACUCUGUGUUGUUUAUGACACGUAUUAAUCUUUAAUAACACGUGCACUCGCUGACAUUGGGAGGAGUUUUUACUUCGCCUCUGCAUUACUUUCGCUCGCUCUCACUGGGUAAGGUUUCUGAUAAAUGUGACCUGGUGGCUUGAACCCGGGCGGAGUGAUACAUUCCUGUUUAAUACUGUACAUUUGACAUUGAGCAAACACCCUGCAGGCUAUUCUCAGAUUUGUCUCAAUUAGCACCUGUCUGAGGUCUCAUUAUGACUGGCUUUGAUGUCAACUUGACCAACUGUUGUAUAUAAUGGUUCUUUAGGCAUCAUUUAUGUGGUAAACACAAUUGUUUGAUACAUUUUUAGGGGAAUUUUUAAUUGGAAAAUAAUACUGCAUUUAUUUAAAUAUAAGCAUAUUAUAUUAUAAUUUUAAAAUAUGAAAUUGACAUUUUAAAUGUACUUUUUUUGGGGGGGGGAAUCUACUACAUUUAGUCUCGGAACUAACUUUUGCAGUUAAUAGUCAACUGCUCCAAAAGCAAUUGUUAGUGCAUGGACGAAGUUGGUUACUUAUAACAAUCUAUGGAUGUUCUAUUAACAUUUGACAACCAGAAUGUCUCAAUUUUGUCUCAAGUACUUUAUCUUUUGUAUAGUUUUAUCGUUACAACCCGACAAACUUCUUUGUACAAUGUUUUAAUUGAAAAGUUUAGAAUGAUAAAUCCGUGUCUUAAUAGCAAAACAUUCCAACCUUAAGCAUAUCGUGCAUCUUUUUUACUUGUAAGUGUAUUUUACAAAACAUAUGAAGUACUAAAAAUUGUGCAAAUAACCUGCUUAACCUCCCACUGGGAGAGGCUCUUCGUUUUCUCAACAAAUAUUUUCCAAAAGGCCAGUGCAUGGACACAUCUUUCUGAUUAGCCAACAGAUGUGCAGACAUAUUUUAGCUCUACACUGGCAGGUCUUAAAGAACACUUCUGUUUCACACAUGGCUGACCACCAACACUUUUCUUUCAAAUGAUGGGAUUUAACUCUCGGAAUUAAAUUACUUUGAAAAAUAACUUCAGAGCGUUAUUGAAAUCUGGUACAUUUUGAAACACGUCCUUGAAAUGUAUUAUUCACACUUGACCUCCAAGAGAUAUUAAAGAAGGAUAUGAAGAGUUUGGUUCCAAAAUGAGAUGACUCCGUUUUAAAAAAUGUUCAAAAAUCGUGGUUUUUUUAUUGUGCGUUCCAAUUAAUAUCAAUUAAACUGCAGUUGGUUUGUUUUGAUUUAACCCAUAAUAACUAAAAAAAUACAGCUAACUAACGCAAUAAAACACAAUAAAAACAUGAUAACAUAAUAUAAAACAUGAAUUUUGAAUUUUUUUAAAAACAGAGUUAUCUCAUUUUGGAACCAAACUCUUCAUGCAUGUUUGAAGGGAAGACACUUGUUAGGAUAAGUUACUACAAAUAAUUAAGAAUGCGGAUGGGUUAUCUCCACAUGUUAACCCAGUAUUUGUGUACGUGCACUUCAUCUCCAUGUAUGUUUAUUUAUAAUGUGAAAUGUUCCAUGUACAAAAGGUAUGUUAACAUGAGUUCUAUGGGCUCCAUAGCCUAUGGUGAAGAAAAAAUGAUUAAAAGUUGAAAUAUAAAUAAAUCCGCAAUAACUAUACAUUAUACAGGUUAUAAUAAUACUGUAAGUUGGUAUAUUUGGUUAAUGUUUAAUAGAUCACAUGAUUUGAGUAAUAGGAAUUUCACAUCACAUUAUGUGACUUUGAAAUACAGUAAGCCUUUUCAAUAAUCCUGAUGCUUGGCACAGCUUUUUUUUUAAGUUAUGCACUGUUAUGAUUUAUUUUACAGUGACGUCAAUAUGUAAUACUAGUUCACUUAGUUCAACGCGCAAUGAGUCGUAAAAUUACUGUAAUUGCAGAGAUUUAACUCGAACCAUGUUAAGAAUUUACGUCUUAAAAUUAACCAUUUCCAUGACUGGAAAAAAUAUGUGGAAGGUUAAAAACGUAUAUUUUGAUUCGUAUAUUUGGCUUCAAUGUGUGAUCUGUAAAACGCGUUUUCUUGUCUCCAGCAGUCUGAGCCAUUUGCAAAAGUGCCUUUACUGUCGGCAGUUAUAAAGUAAAAGUUGGGUAGAUCUAAUAGUUCAAGCCUAUGUACAAACGGAGCAAACGGUUGCACAGUUUUCUGCGUGUGUGGCUUUCCACGCCAAACCGCGGCGUGUGAGGAAAGGCGAGAGCGCUGCGCAGAAUUUGCAUUCGUCCGGUUCCCACGGUACAGCUGCUUUGCUUGUCACUCAAGUUCCAGCUUUGCGCAUGUGCAGACCAGUCUGAAACGUUCGUUUGACUUUAGCGCGCAUGCGUGACGCAGAGAAUUUGGUACACUUGAGCCCGACGCACACCUCUGUAGACGCGCACAGGAAGUCGUACUGGCUUUUCAUCACGUCUUAUUGCUUAUCACCUAAAACAGCUGUAAUGGUUUCUUCUCAAGUCCUAAAAUGUCAUCAAAAAGGAGAAAUGUGUUUCGUUUUCCUGUACAAAACAAUAAAGAGAGCUCACUGCCAUUUACUGCAGACAUGUAGUACGGUGAACUAUAAAAAUGCUUAAAUCCCAGUUGAUUAAAGGAUAAAAAGGGCCAAUGUGACCUUUUAACAGAGGUGUAAAGAGUACCUGAAAACCAUACUUAAGUAAAAGUACACAUACCUUGCAGCGAAUAUAACUCCAUUACAAGUUAAAAGUCACCCAUUCCAAAACGACUUCAGUAAAAGUCUUAGAGUAUCUGAUUUUAACAGUACUUGAGUAUUUUACUCAUACUGAAUGUAGGCUAGAAGCACUAGUCCUCAACACUUAAGAGACAUGUCAGUGAAAAACAUAAACAGCUGAUUCGCAUUUAUUUUCUUAAAUCAAAAUAACACUGAACACCUCAAAAUUGCAACAAAUCAUGGUCGACACCGUAACCUACGUCUAUUACAAACACCCAAGUCUCAUUUAAGCUCAAGUGCUUAUAAGUAAGCAAAAAUUCUUCAAAAAGGUCUCUUCAAUAUAACGGAUUAAUAAAAUAAUGUUAAGUAGAAUUAAAAAGUCAAAGCCUUUUUGCACUGAACAUGCUGGUUUUGGCCUCAUUGCCAGCUGCAGUCAUGUCCUCAUUUCACAUGUAAACCGCCAGCGAUUGACAUCUAUACUGCACUCGUAUUCACAUAAAGAAGCCAUGUUGACCAGUUUUAGUAAGUUAGGGCAAAAUCCACAAGAUUAUAGUACCUUCAAUGCCCUGUAAAUGGCAAUAUAAAUAAUUCUGUAGCAAAAAUAAAAUGCUGCAAAAAAAGAUAGGUGCCAUGCAAAAUGUAAUGUGUAAUUGCAAUAGUCAUUACAAAUGUAGUGGAGUAAAGAGUACAUAUACUUGUUCAAAAAUGUAGUCAAGUAGAGAGUAAAAGUUGCUAAUAUCUUUAAUACUCAGUACAACUACAAAGUAGCCAAAAAGAUACUUAAGUACAGUAACUAAUUACAUUUACUCCAAUACCUUACACCACUGCCUUUUAAGCCAUAUAAGUCUGAAGAAAACAUCAACAUUGAUCUCUCUCAUCAAUGUUUUAUUAUAAACGAGUGUUUUUCCAUCAUCAUUAUGAACAGGGUUUAAUAUGUACAAAUAAGACCCCAAAAUUGACCGUUGCUUGCAUUAAUGAUAGCAAAAUAGUGAAUAUAAUUUUCUUUUUUAUUGGUGUUUUGAGUAAACCUACAACAACGUGUUGAGUCUAUGUUGGUGUUUUUGUUGAACAGUGUACUUUUUAGAAUUUUGAGCAUAUCCGAAUUAUUAUGUUUAUCAGUAAAACAUACCUUUUUAAACUACUACAUGUGUCUGUGUAACUUUAUACACAUUUGUCACGUAACUGUUAUUGUAAACGUGCAGCACUUGCUAUUUUAAAGAGCAUGUUAACGCAAGUAGCAUGUUUGGCCAGUUAACCACGCCCCGUUCUCUCUUUUACCGUUUGAAUACGCCCCCAAGCCAACCCCGCAGCCUAUCAGUUUCGCCCAACCCCUCCCAUUUCACAGUUCGUGAUUCUAUAGAGACGCAUUGUUAUGCAAAAUAGUUCGUCUAAAAUAUCCCCCUGGCAACGCAGUCCUGGGCAGAGAAUCACCGCGACCGCUCGACGGACACACACUAGCGGGCAGUUUUUGUUUGAGUCUCGUCUAGCCGUCCGAACGUCAAGAG